UUUUUUAUUUCAGCCAUGUUGAAGAAUAAUGGGAGGAAGGCGGCGAUCUCCGUGGCCUGCACGGCGGGCCUGUGCCUGCUGCUGGUGCUGCUGGCCGUGCAGCAGCAUCACCGGGUGCAGGUCCAGGUGGACGGGCGCGCGGACGGAGGGGAGCCCGGCACGCGCUCUCUGCUCCAGGACGGGAGCGCCCGGGACGGGAAGGGCUUCUCGGCGUACUUCACCAAGCUGAGCCGCGGACGCAGGGAGGUGGAGAAGCCCCCGCGGUCCUCCGCGGACCCCCCCGCGGCCGAGGACAUCAGCGCGGAUGACAUCUUCGUUGCGGUGAAGACCACCAAGAAGUUCCACCAGUCCCGGCUGAACCUGCUGCUGGACACAUGGAUCUCCAGAAACAUGCAUCAGACCUACGUCUUCACAGAUGGAGAGGAUGAGGAGCUAAAAAGGAAAAUCGGGAGUCACGCAAUCAACACCAACUGCUCGGCGGCUCACAGUCGGCAAGCCCUGUCAUGCAAGAUGGCCGUGGAAUACGACAAGUUCAUCGAGUCCGGGAAGAAGUGGUUCUGUCACGUCGACGACGACAAUUACGUGAACGUCCGGACUCUGGUGAAGCACCUGUCUCAGUACCCCCACACCCAGGACAUGUACAUCGGUAAACCCAGCCUGGACCGGCCCAUCGAGGCCACCGAGAGGCUGGGGGACAACAAAAUGAAACCGGUGAAUUUCUGGUUUGCCACCGGAGGAGCCGGCUUCUGUGUGAGUCGUGGUCUGGCUCUGAAGAUGAGUCCGUGGGCCAGUGGCGGUCACUUCAUGAACACGGCGGAGAAGAUCCGCCUGCCUGACGACUGCACCGUCGGCUACAUCAUCGAGUCGGUCCUGGGCGUCCCGCUGACCCGCAGCAGCCUGUUCCACUCCCACCUGGAAAACCUGCAGCAGGUGUCGAGAUCCGAGAUCCACAAGCAGAUCACACUCAGUUAUGGGAUGUUUGAAAACAAGAGCAACAUCAUCAAUUUGAAAGGAGCUUUUCCUGUAGAGGAGGAUCCAUCCAGGUUCAGGUCCGUGCACUGUCUCCUGUACCCGGACACCCCGUGGUGUCCCCCCGGGGUUGCCUUCUAGGGCGACCGCUCCUUUCUCAUCCUCGUCCCCGCCGCGCCUCGGUAUCUGAAAGGCGCUCGGGGACCAGUGUUUUUUGGUAUUGGACCGCGCGGCCGCCGCGUUGUCGCUGCGGCGGAGCGCGGUCUUCAUGUGUAGUUUUACUGGGCUGCUGUGCGGCCCGCCUCGGUCGGGGACUGUAUCCCUUCCUGCCGGGAGCCAAGGGGCCGGAGGCAGGAAGAAGCUUUCGUCGUCGACGUUUUUUGCAGGCAAUCAGUCCAGCUUCGUCGUGUUUAUGUUGCUUGUAAAUGUUUCUGCAAUUCUCAUAGAAUGUAUUGUCAUUUUUAUUGGAGCCGUUUUGCCAGCUUUAGUUAACUUUCUUUGCUUUUAACCCAUAAUCACACACAAUUGGCUUUUUUUUAUUUUUAUUUUUUUUUUAGUUCUCUGAACUGUGAAGACUCCGGACAAGUUCUCUAAUAUGAAGAUGUACUUGUGCUUUAAAGCAGACAGUGUUAUUUCCCCAGUAACUGGAGCUGGCAGAGGGCAGAUUUCCAAAUGCUUUUAGUCACUUAAUCUGAGGUAUAUCAGGACAAAGCACUUUUUUUUACUUAUCUGAUGAAUUUUUAAGGUGAACUGAUGUGGUUCACACACUUUACUGAUAUGCCUCAGAUUAGUGUCUGAACUAACACAAACUAACCCCUCAAAAUCUCAACACAUGCUCAUCUAGAUUAAAAGAGUAAUUUAAUAAGAGUCCUUGCAUUAAUUACAAUCAGGGAAAAAGUGAAUGAGUGGAAGAGAUUUUGACUUGGGGUUACAAUCAUCCUUUAUGAAUUGCUUUGAAAAGUCUCGGGUUGUUGUUCGACUAUUGCACAGCUGUGUUUCAAAUGUGCUGAUGUCUGCUCCUCGCCUCCGAAGCCACGAAACGGUAAAAGAAACCAACGACUCCAAAUAUCUGUAAAGACGGUUUCGAGCCGCAGUCCAUUCGAAAUUUGCACAAAAAUGCGCCUCUCUGUUUGAACGUCAACGCGAAAGUUUCCCGUUCCCGUCGAGGCCGGCGAGGUGAGAGCAGCUUCAGUGUUUCCACAUGGAGGCGGCGCGUCCCCCCCCCCGUGUCAUUUCUCACCCAUAUUGGGUUGCAUUCUCCAUUCUGAUGACAGUAUUGUAUACUGUGCCUUUUGGUUUAAAUAAGUAGCGAUUGUUUAUGCUUAGAUUGUAAUUUCCCCGUCGUGGUUUACAUGCGCUUCUAAUGACCCGGACGUGAUUAUUUGUACCGCUUUGAACUGUGCUAAGUGACUGUGGUGUUUAUUCUCCAGUAUCUGGAGGGUUCGAACAGUUCAUUCCCAAUACUGGCUUCUCAGGGAUUAUGAGCUGAUCCUGGUAUUAACUGCCAUGGGACCCACAGUGGGACCUGAAGUGAUGAAUAAAAGAGCCUAACCACUGAGAAACUGAA